AUGCUUCGAACGAGUACCCGCACCAAGACGACCUCGGCCGGCGCGCUCGGUAGUACACCCACCAAGAAAUCUUCGCCGCUCAAAUCCGAUGCUCCCCUUCCUACUACACCUUUGUCGACACCGAGACGAGCGACCAGGUCUAGUAGUAUUUCUCGCUCCUCGACGGUCAAAGAUCCCAAGAUCAAGCCCGAGGUACUAGUAGACGCCUACUUGACCCCGAUCAAAAAGACGGCCGUCAAGAAAACGCUCGACUCCUUCAAAGCCGGUUCGGAAACACUGCCACCCACCGGUCUUUCACCCGCUUCGGUGAAGAAACUCGCGAAGCUCGAUAAGAUGUUGGGCGUUUCACCUUAUCCCGAGAUGAUUCGACCGACACCGGAGGAAUGUCAAGAGGUGUACGCGAGGUUGUGUAAAGGGCAUGAAGUGCCGGUGAGGCCUCAAGUGUUGGAAGAUCGACCGAACGCCGUAGCGGGUUGUGGUCAGACGCCCGAUGUGUUGGAUGCUUUGAUACGGACGACUUUGAGUCAGAACACGACCAGUUUGAAUUCGACGAAUGCGAAGAACGCGAUGGAUCGCGUUUAUGGAAGGGCAGAGUAUAGGAAGGUCUUGGAAGGUGGGGAGGAGAUGUUGGAGGAGACAAUUCGGUGUGGUGGCUUGGCCAAGGUCAAGGCGAAGAGUAUUGUCAAGAUUUUGAAGAGGUUGGAUGAGAGGCAACGAGGGAAGGGGCAGUUGACGUUGGAUUAUUUACACAAGAUGGUGAGUUCGCGACACGUGACGGGUCUUGUAACUGGUGCUGAUUGUUCGUGCGGGUUUAAUUUUUCGGCAGUCCGAUAAGGAGGCGAUGAUGGAAUUGUGCUCGUUCGACUUGAUCGGAGUGAAGACCGCUUCAUGCGUGUUGUUAUUCUGUCUCGGGAGGGAAUCAUUCGCCGUUGAUACGUGAGUCCCGUCCUUAGGAUACUGACGGACCUCUCAAAGUCGAUCCCCAAACUGACCCCCACCCCCGUCCCCGUUCUAUCUCCUCUUCCCCUCUCUCAGUCACGUACACCGUAUCACCAAAUCGCUCAACUGGGUACCCCCCACCGCCUCACGCGACGAAACCUUCUUCCACCUCGACGUACGUAUACCCGAUCAUCUCAAGUAUGGCUUACAUUCUUUGUUGGUCAGGCACGGGAGAGGGUGCGAGAAGUGUUCGGCCAAGGGGGUCACUUCAAUGGAUUUCAUAGAGUGGUGUCCUCUGAAGGAGUUGAUUGGGAGCAGAGGGAGGAAGGGGAAGAUGGAGGAGGGAGAGGGGGUUGGGGCUGUGGUGUUGAAAGUGGAGAGUGAGAAUGAGAAUGAGGUGGUGGAGACCAAGGUCGAGGAGGGGAAGGAGGGGGAAGCGGUGGAGAGCACGAGUGUGAGACCGAAGAGGAAGGCGAGGAGUGGGAGAAAGGUCAAGGAUGAGGACAGUGGCGGUGAGGGUGAGAGGGAAGAAGAGGUGGUGAAGAAGAGAAAGGUCGAGGUGGGGAGGAAAGUCGAGGAUGACGAGAGGGAGAUGAGUGGGAUUCCGGGAGGGACAGAGAUGGCGAAGAGUUUGAGGGAUGACGAGUUGAAGGUCCUUGGAGGGGAGGACUUGCAUUAG